UACCCUUUCCUCUCUCCUAUUCGUUCUCUUUGCUUCGUUUCUCUCUCUCUCACCAAAAAAAAAGAAAAAAAAAGAAAGUGCAAAACUCUUAAAGAACUUUCCAAGAAAACCUCAUCUAAUUUUAUCAACUCAAAUCACUCCAAACUGUUGAAUCCAGAACUCGCCUCGCAAAACGACGCCGUCUGCUGCUCCUUCCGUUUGAGUGUGCAUACUCCAGGUUUGAAUUCCUGACCUCGAAUGGGAGAUAGUGAAGCAGUAGUUGCCGACUCAUCAGCAAUGAUGGAUUAUACUUCAGCAGCUUAUAAUUCUGCUGGUUCUGGCGCUUACUCCUCCCAGGCUACUGGAGAUCCUACUGCUUCUGGUGGUUACCCAAAUUCUGCUGGUCAAGAAGGUCAAAGCAGUGCAAUGUAUGACGGUAAGCCAGCUGGUGGAUCAACAGAUGAGACUGCUGUUGCAGUUGAAAAUACUGCAGCAGAUGCAUCAAAAGCUGCUGGUUGUAAUUAUCCUCUAAAUGGAAAUGUUAUUAAUGCAGCAGGAAAUGCAACCACAGUUGAGAAUGGAAAUGCUUUUGAUAAUUUAGGUGGAGCUUCUGCUGCACCAGAGUUUGUGGAUGGUUCUGCACCAACCAUGUCUGCUGAAGAAGAACGUUUAUGGAGUAUUUUGAGAGCCAAUUCGUUGGAUUUUAAUGCUUGGACUGUAUUGAUAGAGGAAACAGAGAAGGUUGCAGAGAACAAUAUACUGAAAAUUCGGAAGGUUUAUGAUGCUUUCUUGGCUGAGUUUCCUUUGUGUUAUGGUUAUUGGAAAAAGUAUGCGGAUCAUGAAGCACGCAUAGGCUCCAUGGACAAAGUUGUGGAGGUCUAUGAAAGAGCAGUUCAGGGAGUGACAUAUUCUGUGGAUAUCUGGGUGCUAUAUUGUGCUUUUGCCAUUGAAACAUAUGGAGAUCCAGAGACCAUCCGAAGGCUUUUUGAACGAGGAUUAGCAUAUGUUGGAACUGAUUAUCUAUCUUUCCCUCUUUGGGAUAAGUACAUUGAAUAUGAAUACAUGCACCAGGAGUGGAGUCGCCUUGCUGCUAUUUAUACUAGAAUAUUUGAGAACCCUAAUCAACAGCUAGAUAGGUAUUUCAACAGUUUCAAAGAGUUGGCUGGAAGUCGACCUUUGUCAGAAUUAAGAGCUGCUGAGGAAGCUGCUGCCAAUGUAUCAGGCCCAGUUUCAGAGGCUGAUGGCCAAGUCAAUGAAGGAGAGGUUCAUCCUGAUGCUGCAGAACAAAUGCAGAAGCCUCUAACUGCUGGCUCAACAGAAGCAGAAGAGUUGGAGAAGUAUGUUGCCAUUAGAGAAGAACUAUAUAAAAAGGCCAAAGAGCUCGAUUCUAAGAUCAUUGGUUUUGAAACAGCUAUCAGAAGGCCUUACUUUCAUGUGCGGCCCCUCAAUGUUGCUGAGCUUGAGAACUGGCAUAACUACCUGGACUUUGUAGAAAGAGAGGGUGACUUCAAUAAGGUGGUCAAAUUAUAUGAAAGGUGCCUUAUAGCAUGUGCCAAUUAUCCUGAGUACUGGAUACGAUAUGUUUUAUGUAUGGAAGCCAGUGGAAGCAUGGAUCUUGCUAAUAAUGCACUUGUGCGUGCUACGCAAGUCUUCGUCAAGAGGCAACCAGAGAUCCAUCUUUUUGCGGCUCGAUUCAAGGAGCAGAAUGGGGACAUAGAAGGCGCUCAAGCUGCGUAUCACCUUGUUCACAGUGAAAUAUCACCAGGUCUUCUUGAAGCAAUUAUCAAGCAUGCAAAUAUGGAAUGCCGUCUGGGGAAACUGGAAGAUGCCUUCUCUUUAUAUGAACAAGCUAUUGCCAUUGAAAAAGGAAAAGAGCAUUCUCAAACAUUACCAAUGCUGUAUGCACAGUAUUCUAGAUUUUCUUACUUGGUUUCUGGAAAUGCAAAGAAGGCCAGGGAAAUUUUAACUGGAGCACUUGACCAUGUCCAACUGUCUAAACCAUUCCUUGAGGCCUUAAUACAUUUUGAAACAAUUUUACCAUCACCAAGGCAGAUUGAUUAUUUACAGUCAUUGGUUGACAAGUUUAUAUCCCCAAACUCAGAUGGCAGUGCUGCAGACAAGGAAGAUCUAUCUAGCAUAUUUUUGGAGUUCUUGAGUCUCUUUGACGAUGUACAGUCCAUUAAAAGGGCAGAAGAUCGGCAUGCUAAACUAUUUUUACCUCAUAGGCCCAUGUCGGAAUUAAGAAAACGUCAUGCUGAAGAAUUUUUAUCUUCAGAUAAGACAAAGCUUGUGAAAUCUUACUCUGGUGCCCCUUCACCUGGCCAGUCUUUGAUGGGUGCCUAUCCAAAUGCACAAAACCAGUGGCCAGCUGGUUAUGGGGCACAGCCUCAAACUUGGCCCCCUACUACACAGGCACAGGCACAACCAUGGACUUCUGGCUACAGCCAACAGGCUGCAUAUGGUGCAUAUAGCAGUUAUGGUAGCAAUUAUGCAGCUCCACAAGUGCCCACAUCAGUUCCACAAAUUGCCAGUUAUGGUGUUUACCCGACUACAACAUAUCCAAUGCAGAGCUUUCCUCAGCAAAGUUAUGCCCAACCAACUGCUGCCACGACUUUAACCCCAGCGCAGCAACCUCCUCCUGCUGCUGCUGCAGCUCCUCAGGCUUAUUAUGGUGGACCUUACUACUGAGUAUCCAGUUUCUUUGGUGUCCCUAAUUUUUCCUUAUUUGGGUCUUAUGCUUAUCGCGGACUGUUUCUAACAUGGAACAGCUAAUCAGUUAAGCCGAGGUGGACAUUUUUGGGUCUUCGAGCGGGGGGUAGAUUUUGAGAAUACUAAUAUGUUUUAGUUGACAGUAGUAUUGUGGUGUCCUUUUUUUCACUUCCAAUUUUAGAUUUUUUGUGUGAAGUUUGUACAAAUGCUAGUAAAUUAUGAUGUGAUCUGUAGUUGGGUUUCUUAUUUGAGUGACCAAAUUGGAAAAAGUAAACACGAAGAAAGAACUUUUAAUUUCCAGAAUAGGUGCAAAUUUUGUUAGAA